CGCGGAGCUCGCAGUUCCCAUAAUCCCCUGCGCUGGCAGACGCCAAGCCGAAAACAAAAUGGCCAUGGCGCGGCAGUCGGGCUCACGCAGAGGCUCGAAAAAUGAGAACGACAAAGAGGAAGAGGAGACGGAGAACAAUGGAUACAUUCAGGUUUUUGUGAAGCCGUUGGAACAGGGCAACUGCAACCUUUUUUUCAGCUGGCUAGGGCUGAGCAAUGUCAACCUUACGGCCCAUCAACUGGUGGUGGUGUAUGGAUCGGCUGCUGUAGUUUGUACGCUUGUGCUGUACCAGCUUCUGCGCUGUGAUGUUGGCUUCCUGUUCGGCAGACUGUGUGCUCUCCUCGUGCCAAUGUUCAGCAUACUGUGUGCUUUCUACUGGCUGGCCUUGUAUUUUCGUCGCACGUGGAGCAACACCAGUGUCUAUUUAUUAUUCUCUUCAUGCUUCGUGGGAGAGAUAUUCGCGCAGGUAUUUUUUCGAGACUGGGGGGAAAGUGCUGUGGGAGGAGGCAGUGCCAGUGGCAUCAUCAUCAGCAGUAGCAGCAGCACCAGCAGCGUCGUUGACGACGUCGCCGCUGUCAACCAUGCCACCCAGCCUCUGGUGAUCGUUUGUGUCCUGCUAAGUAUUAGCCUGGCGUCUGUGUUCUCCUCCCUGGACACCACGCACAGUGCCACGGUCAUCCUGUUAGUUAGCUUCACCAGGUUUCUUGCUUGUUCCAUGCUGACGGAUCUACCUAUCAGCCUUCGCACUCAUCUUGGUUACGCGUGUGGUUUCGCGGGCAUUCUGGUCGCGCGCUACAUGGAAACGGUUCUCAAGCCCCCCAUUCAACAUUUCGUCACGCAUGAUGGGAAAAUCCCCGUCAUCAAAAGACGCCGCUCCAGCUCCUCCAGCACCCAUACCUUCUCCGCUCAUCGCUCCACCCGCCGAACAUCGUUGCCAGCUUUAAUACAGAAAAGCCAGACAUCAUCGUCGGGGUACGAGUCGGCCAUCAUCGGCGAGGCGCAUGGGUUGAUCACGGACAUGCUGGCGGACUCCAACCUGCCGCCACACAUCGUCAGCGGGCUGCGGGCCGUCAGCAACCUGCUCAAGCCUCCAGAGACCCACGGGUCCUUCCACAAGCCGCGGGUCUCGCCCCUCGUCUCCCUCACCGAGGCCAGCGGCCAUGGCUCGGACAACGAAGAGAGCCCCUACACGGGCGAGCGGCCCUCCUCGCUGCCAAAGCGGCUGCGUCGCAGUCUGCCGCCCAGCCUGAUCCGGCGCAUGUCCACCAGCACCUGGACGACCACCACCACAGCGACCGGCAUGCCGACGUUGGAGCUCGAGCCGUGCCGCAUGCGCUCUGCCAGCUUCCGGCACUCACGCGAGGGCACGCCGGGCUCCAGCCCCUCGGGCAGCCGCAGCAAUUCGCCGUCGCCCUCCACCAACAACACGGUGGUGCUGACCAUCCCCAAGUCCCGCUCCUUCUCCUUGGCCUCGGCCACCACUACCCACCCCAGCUACUCCAGGCGCUACUCGCGGAAGAGCGUGGCCAACGACGGCUCCCUCGUCACGGUCAGUGGAAGCAAUUCCACCCCCGCCUUCGGUGGCAACGUGGUGGCCGCCGCAACCACCAGCACCGCCGCCAUCCCUGCUACUGUCCCUGUGGGUGUCGUGGCUCCAAUAAGCCCCACCCGUCUCGAGGCACGGGUGGACGGGAAAGGGUUGUCGCCGCUGGUCAAGGCCGAGCUGCAAGCGGAGGAGCAGGAUGGCACGGAGGGGGCUUUUGGAGGCGGCGGCGGGGGACGAGCUGGGGGCACGAACACGGCAGGAGCCAGCCUGCUGCGGCAGCGGCUCAUCACCUCGGAUUACGAGAGCAGCGACUCACCCAACAGCAGCGACCUCAGCGACAACGUCGGCGUGGCGGAGGACGGCAGCAGCUCGUUGCGGAGAAAGGAAGGCCUCCGUCACCAUGCAGGCCGCUUGAAAGUAACGUGCGACAGCAAGAGGCGGCCUCGUUCCACGGAAGCAGACGACUUGGAGAACGACGAAAUCGAGGAGGAAGAGGAGGAACACCACGAGGCGAUCGCUGAGGAGCGCGAGCAAGUGGAAGCAGACGACACACUGGAAGGACAGUUAGCGCUGGGCGAGAGGCGAGCUCUGUUCACGCUGGAGGACGUAGAAAAUGUGGCUUUGUUGCAGAACACUAGGCUCAAUGAGUGGGACUAUCCGAUAUUCGAGUUAGCCCACCAGGAACAGACAUUUAUACUUAGCAAGGUAGCGUAUAAAUUAUUUACAGAAGUGGGUCUGAUGGAGACAUUCCGGAUACCUGUGGUUGAAUUCAACUAUUUCCAUGGCUUGGAGCUGGGCUACAGAGAUAAACCAUACCAUAAUCGUGUACACGCCACUGAUGUUCUACAUGGUGUGUACUACCUCACGACCAGGCCCAUCCCUGGCUUCACUCAAAUCAACAUGGUGGAGGUGCUUUCUCGACAUGGGUCAUCAAGUGAGUCUGAAUGCGAAGGAGGGGAGAGGAGUAGCUUUACACACAGAACCAGUUUUCUGGCAGAAGACACCUAUGGCAUCAUGGGCGGAAACAUCCCAGCAUUAGAGCUGAUGGCAUUAUACACUGCUGCAGCCAUGCACGACUACGACCAUCCCGGACGAACUAAUGCCUUUUUGGUGGCGACACACGCUCCACAGGCUGUGCUGUACAACGACCGCUCGGUGCUGGAGAACCACCAUGCCGCAGCUGCCUGGUCUCUUCUGCUACACCACCCUGAAAACUACUUCCUUACAGGCCUGGAGUCUGCUGAAUUCAAACGUUUUCGAUUCCUGGUUAUAGAAGCCAUCCUGGCCACAGAUCUUAAGCGGCAUUUUGAGAUCUUAGCUGAGUUCAAUGCUAAGGUGAAUGAUGAAGAUGCCCAAGGAGUGGACUGGACAGUAGAGACUGAUCGUUUACUGGUGAUGCAAAUGGUCAUAAAGUUAGCGGACAUCAAUGGUCCUGCCAAGACACACCCACUACACUUGCAGUGGACCAUGCGCAUUGCUGAGGAGUUUUAUGAGCAGGGUGACGAAGAAGCAAGACUUGGAAUGCCCAUUUCACCUUACAUGGACAGGCGCAAUCCGCAGCUAGCAAAGCUGCAGGAAACCUUCAUUAACCACCUGGUGGCACCCCUGUGCAAUGCCAUGGUCAUGGGUGGCCUUGUGCCUGGCACGUGGGUUGAAGAAACCAGUGACAAUGAAUGUGCCUCAGACACAGAGAAAGGGGACAGUACUUGCAAGGACACAGAUGAGGAGGGAGAAACAGAUGGAGAAUCAGGCCCAGUGGUGCCAAAAAAGCGUAAGAAACCCAGAAAGGUAAACUGUCUGUUGACAAAGAACUUGAAGGAAAAUUAUGAGCACUGGGUGGCCCGCAUGGCCGAGGAAGCAGCCCAGAAGGAGGCCCUUGAAGCUGUUGCAGAAGCUAAUGUACAGGAUGCUUUAGCUGUGUCUGAGAAAACAGAAAUGGAACCAAUCAAAGAGGAGUCUGAAUCUCUACCCCAGUCCAAUGCAUCCUCUGCAGAUUCAGAGACAAGAUGCAACAUUGAUAGUUCGAUUGGCUUGGCAGUGACCAUGCUUGCUGCCUCCUCCUCCUCAUCAUCAUCGUCGUCAUCAUCGUCAUCAACAGUGCCAUUGCCACAACCAUUGACGUCAAAAGCAGCUGAUGAUGCUGAGAACACAUAAUGUGACAUCACAGGGCUUGUGCAGGCGAGAUCUCAGAAUGAGAGUGAAGUGUCUCACUGGAGAAUCACUUCUGGGGACUGGGAGUCACAAUUGACAAGCUUAUCAGCGAAGCAAGAAGGGACGAUUGCUCCAACAUUCAACGCAAGCAGCUGAAAUGACAUUAACAUGUGAACUGAAUGCUUGUCAAGGCCCCGCCCCUUAUUCAACAACUCCCCUCCCUCCCAUCCAUUUUCCUCUCCACACACCCCUCCACCAGCUUGCCCCACCCACUUAAAGCUCGAGUGAUGUCUGGCGUCUGUGGCAAUGGAAUCAACGGUUCUGUGCAGUGGGGAGGGUUGAAGUAAUGCGAGUUUUCCUGCUUCUUUCUUUCUUCAUCAUUUCGUCUCUGGAACUAAGAUGUGGUGACAUGAAAUACCACCUCGAGCAUUGCAUCAGUUAUGUAAUGCAAAGGCAUUAACGAGGGCUGCCAGACUGUAGCAUACACUUUCCCCAUGGAAGGAAAGUGUGCAGGGCUGUCGGUCCGACUGUAUUGGCCAUGGCCAUUCUGUGGAGAGAAGUUUUUGAUGUUCUAGCUGACUUCAUCAGUUUGAUGUCUCAGCAUUAAGUUUGCAACCUAGAGUAUUUUAAUUUAAAAAAGAAAAAGAUUUGUUUCAUUGUGAUCCUUCCUGCUGCUGUUCUUACGGCAGGUUGUUGGUGCAAUAUUUUUUUAAGCGCACUGCUGCUGGGGAGGGGGGAAAUGAAAAAUGAGAAGAAAAGUAUCAAAAAGCUGUCUCAGAGGUAUAUACCCUCGAGUUGUAAAAAUUAUGUGUACAGCAAGGUGAGAUAUGCGGCAGGUAAAACAUAAUGCAAGGUGAAAGACGAGGUUAACAUCAGAACAGAAAAAAAAGAUUGAAAUUGUGGAGUAUAGGCUAUCACCACAGCAAGUUGACAUGCCACCUUCAACCAGGAUAACUAACUAUUAUAUUUUGGAUUUUAUUUUUGGUUUGUUGAAGGAAUGUUUUGUCACUGCACCUGGCACAAGCCACAAGCCGUGGACCAGUAGGCAUGUUUGCUGCUUGCAAUCACUGAACUGUGCUCAUAGAUGGCAUAAUGUGUCAGAUGACCAUGGUUGCAUAG